UACCGCGGCACCGCUUUCCACCGGCUGCUGCCAGGCCAGCUGCUGCACGGCGGGAGGAUCGCAGGCGGAGACGCGUCCGUGUUUGGCGCGUCCUUCAAUGACGAGCCCGACGGGCUGCGAAAGGACCAGGCCUCGCGCGGCUUGCUCUGCAUGGCCAACUCCGGCCCCGACACAAACGCGUCCCAGUUCUACAUCACCCUCGCCCCCUGCCCGCACCUGUCCGGGUCGCACGUCCGCUUCGGCCGCCUCGUGAGCGGC